AUGUCCACGGAUCUCACAAUCGAAGACGAAGGAAGAGAUAAACCCCGAACGUCAUCUUUGUCAUCUCCGGCGACCGGCGGAUCCGGCCAAAGAAACUGCUCCAUUAGGACUAGCUCACCAUUACCCCCCCGCCUGGGCUCUGUCGCAACUCGCAGCGCCCUUUCUCCCCUCACCGGCCUGCAAUCCGCUCAACCCGCUAUUCGCCGCGCAGCUCCCGCCCCAGCUCAACAGCGCAGAGGAUACCACGAGAAGGUCCUUGACCACUACAACAACCCCCGGAAUGUUGGCUCCAUGAAGAAGGCCGACGAGGACGUUGGUACCGGUCUCGUCGGCGCACCCGCCUGUGGCGAUGUCAUGAAGUUGCAGAUCCGCGUCAACAAGGACUCCGGCCGUAUCGAUGACGUUGUCUUCAAGACUUUCGGCUGUGGUAGUGCUAUCGCUUCGUCCAGUUAUCUGACUGAGCUCGUGCGCGGUAUGACCCUCGACGAGGCUGGAAGGGUUAAGAACACCGAUGUGGCGAAGGAGUUGUGUCUGCCUCCUGUCAAGCUGCACUGCUCCAUGCUUGCCGAGGAUGCUAUCAAGUCUGCUAUUGCCAAUUACUACACCAAGAACCCCAACUCCCGUGCCACAGAUCUGUCCGGGACAGGCGGCGUCAUUCCUGAUGUUAAGGUUGAGACUGCUGGUGGCCCUGCUGCUGCCAUUUAA